AUGGCAAUCCAGGACACAUCAAUCCCAGUUUUCACUGCUGGUGGGUCAGCCGAAGUGGGAAAGGCUGUCAAAGAAGGUCUCCUUCCCGAGUAUGAUGUUAUUCAUCUCUCCCUUUCCGUUGAGUCUGUGAAAGAAGACCUCCCUCGUAUCCUUCGCGGCGAACACGUUAUACCCUCUUCCGGUCUUGGUUCCAACUUAGACCGUCCAGCGGAUGCCCAAAGGCUUCCAAAACUAUUGGUUGCGGGGGGUGGCUUUUCAGCAGAGGAAUUUGAGGAUAUGAAAAACUCAAUCGAUUUGACAGCUGGUGGAAAACUCACGGGUAGCCAGAUUCCCUUGUGGGUCGAAAGAAAUGUGGUGGCAGGCCCGCCAAAAGGACCAGGCGGGAAGCCAAUUGAUAUCAAGCUGCCAUCCGGCGAGUUCUCACCCGCGUUCGUUGGUGUAGUUGUCGCUAAUGCGAGGGCGAAGCUGGACGAAGCGGCAAGAGAGAAUGGGCUAAUUUAG